AUGGCACAAAAAGAAAUAAUUACAUUUACAACUAAAAUUUUUACUCUACCAGAAGAUGCAAAUUUUGCGUUUUCUCCAUCCGACCCUGUUUCAAUAGAAAUAGAUGAAACCGAUUUUCCGACUAAAAGCGGAAAAAAGAAAGUGGAGUGGAUUAAUUUCCAUCUAAAUGAUAUACUAGAACCACCACCAGCAUCACCAACGCCAGUAAAUAAAUUAGAAGGCACUCGGUUAAAUUUGAGAAAUUUUGAUUUAUCCAGUCUUAAAGUUAAGACCAGCAAUGGAGGAGGGGGUAGCGGUGGUGGCGGUCCGGAAAUUCCAGGAGAAGACCCCGAUAUCCCCACCGCUCCCACUGCGGCAGAAAUUACGGCUAGUAAAAAUAAAGCCAAUGCUGCUAUCAGUAGUGGCGAUAAAACCCAAUUACAGGCUGCUAAAACUGAAUUAGAAACUUUAAAAAGCCGCUUAGAAGCAGCGGGAGAGUCCGCUACUGAAAUUAGCACUCUAAUCCAAAGCGUAAAUACUAAAAUUCAAGAGUUGGAGGGAGAUACUGCCUACCGGCAAAGGGUAAUCAGCGAAAUCACCGCCAAACUAACUGCCAAUGGUAUUUCUGAAACUGAUUUAGAUGAUGCUAGCAAAACCAAACUAGCCGCUUUAAAAGCGGGCCAAACCAGCGGAGCAGAAAUAAACCAAGCCGCUGAUUUUAUUAAGCAAGCCGCUGAUACCGCAAUGGCUACCCUGAAUUCUCUAAUCACUAAGUUACAAAAUAGUUUGAAAAAUGACCCCACUAUCCCUAGUGGCGGCACCGAUUCCUCUCCUUCGGAUAGUUUUUUCCGCUUGGAUAAUCCCGUGCUAUGA